AUGGAUUUGGUUUUAGAUCAAGAAUUUAGAACCAAGGAGGAAGCGCAAACUCAUAUUCAGGCGGCGUCACAUGUGAAGUGUUUUGAGUAUGAGGUAAUUAAGUCGGAUACUAAGAGAUAUGUGAUAAAAUGCCGAGGAGCCAAAGAAGGCUGCAAGUGGUUUGUGCGUGUUGCAAAGUUAACGAAUUCAGAUCUUUGGUCAGUUAGAAGUUACAUCAAGCAGCAUAGAUGUUCUGUUGUUACCACAAGAACACUGCCUAAUAGAAGGAGAGGCACACAACAAAUCGUUGCAUCUAUCCUGGCCCAAGAUUAUCCUGGAAGUUUUGACACACCACGUCCCAAUGCUCUGAUCGAUUUGGUUCAUCAGAGAGUUGCUGUGGAAGUAUCAUACACAACGGCAUAUAGAGGAAGAAGACUAGCUGCUAAUAAAGUGCGCGGAACUCCUGAAGAGAGUUAUUCUUUAUUAUAUUGUUAUAUGCACAUGCUGGAGCAGGUGAAUCCUGACACAAUAACUCGUGUGGUUGUGGAUGAGGGCAAAAAAUUUAAGUAUCUGUUUUGGGCUUUGGGAGCUAGCAUAGAAGGAUUCCGCGCGAUGAGAAAAGUCCUUGUUGUGGAUGCAACACACCUGAAGACUGUUUAUGGUGGAGUGUUAUUUGUUGCGACUGCUCAGGAUCCCAAUCAUCACCACUACCCAAUUGCGUUUGGUGUUGCUGAUGGUGAGAAAUAUGAGAGUUGGCUAUGGUUUAUGGAACAGUUGAAAUCAGUGAUAUCGGAUCUCCCUGGAUUGGUGUUUCUUUCGGACAGAAACAAAGGCUUGAUCAAGGCAGUACAUCAAGUGUUCCCUCAGGCCGCUCAUGGUUAUUGUAUAUGGCAUCUGUCUCAAAAUGUUAAAGGCUACGUCCGUAACAACAGAGAAACAUGUGCAUUUAAGUUUAUGGAGUGCGCACACGCUUAUACAGAGGCGGAGUUCUUGGUCCUUUAUGACGCUUUUGGCAGGAAAUAUCCUAGUGCAGCGGAGUAUCUUGACAGAAGUUGUGAACAAAAGAAAUGGGCUAGAUGUUACUUUGAAGGAGUUAGGUACAAUGUUGACACCACCAAUUCAGCAGAAUCUUUUAACGGUGUUAUUAAGGACGCAAGAAAGUUCACCUUACUUCCAAUGUUUGAUUUUAUCAUUGGAAAAAUUGCUGAAUGGUUUAACAAGCACAGGAAAGAGGCAGCUGAAAUGCCACCCGCACUGAAGCUUGUGCCUAUAGUGGAGGAGGAAAUGACUAAAAGAUGUGUUGAUGCAGGGUUUCUUCGGGUUGAUGAGUUAAACAGCUUCCAUCUCGAGUACAGUGUGCAUGGUAGUGACGGGAAGCGUUAUACCGUGGACAUGGCUAUGAACACGUGCACCUGUGGGCAAUUUGAUAAAGACAAAUAUCCAUGUGUUCAUGCAGUAGCUGCUGCCACAUUCAUGACUGAGAAAGCGGGAAAGGAACUCCAUCUAUCUGAGUAUUGUUCUAAGUACUAUUUGGUAGAGCAAUGGGCUUUGGCUUAUCACCGGACAAUAUAUCAUGUUCCUCAUAUGUCUGAUUGGGUUAUACCAGAAGAAAUUAGAGCAAAGAAAGUACUUCCUCCAGAAUUUGAAGUCAAGAAAGGAAAACCACAACAAACAAGGAAACCAUCAGCAGGAGAAGCGCGUGGAAGAGGAAAAAGAGGCAGAGGGAGUGGAAGAGGGAGAGCCACAAGCACAGACACAGGGAGAGCCAGAGGAAGAGGUAUGGCAGCGUAUUUUGAAUGUGGAAGUGGUUCAGGUUCAGGUGUUUGA